GGGGAGCUUCCGGGAGGCAGCAUCUGCAGUCCAGAGAGAAUGAGAAAGGCAGGAACAUGAGCCACCGCCUGUGACACUCACAUCCUCAGUGGUACAAGCUCAGGACAGCAUCACCGAGCUCUCUUGGAAACUCCCCCACAAGAUUGUAUGAUAAUUUGUUCUAACCCUUGACUGUAACUUUUCCUUCAUAUUUCCGAUACAGAACAACCGCGACCCGGGGCCUGGAAGGAGCGUGAGCAUUGAGCCAGUUUGGUUUGGCCACCUGGCAGAGAUCGACUCUAGAGGAGCGAUGGUGGUCAGGGCCUUCGUUUUGCUGGCCCUCUUUGCAGAAGCCUCAGCGAAAUCAUGCACUCCGAAUAAAGCAGAUGUCAUCCUUGUGUUUUGUUAUCCCAAGACCAUCAUCACUAAAAUCCCCGAGUGUCCCUAUGGAUGGGAAGUACACCAGCUGGCACUCGGGGGGCUGUGUUACAACGGGGUCCAUGAAGGUGGCUAUUACCAGUUUGUCAUCCCUGAUCUGUCACCUAAGAACAAGUCCUACUGUGGAACCCAGUCAGAGUACAAGCCCCCCAUCUACCACUUCUACAGCCACAUCGUGUCCAACGACAGCACAGUGAUCGUGAAGAACCAGCCCGUCAACUACUCCUUCUCCUGCACCUACCACUCCACCUACUUGGUGAACCAGGCUGCUUUUGACCAGAGAGUGGCCACUGUUCACGUCAAGAACGGGAGCAUGGGCACAUUUGAAAGCCAGUUGUCCCUCAACUUCUACACUAAUGCCAAGUUUUCCACCAAAAAAGAAGCUCCCUUCGUUCUGGAAACGUCCGAAAUCGGCUCAGAUCUGUUUGCGGGAGUAGAAGCCAAAGGCCUAAGCGUUCGGUUCAAAGUGGUCUUGAAUAGCUGCUGGGCCACCCCCUCGGCUGACUUCAUGUACCCCUUACAGUGGCAGCUCAUCAAUAAGGGCUGCCCCACCGAUGAGACAGUCCUCGUGCAUGAGAACGGCAAAGACCACAGGGCCACUUUCCAAUUCAAUGCCUUCCGGUUCCAGAACAUCCCCAAACUUUCCAAGGUUUGGUUACACUGUGAGACGUUCAUCUGCGACAGUGAGAAGCUCUCCUGCCCCGUGAACUGUGACAAACGGAAGCGCAUGCUACGUGACCAGACAGGAGGUGUCCUGGUUGUGGAGUUGUCCCUGAGGAGCAGGGCAUUUUCCGGCCUCUGUGACUUCUCAGAUGUUCUUCUUCACCUCAUCCUGAUGCUGGGGACCUGGGCUGUGUUGUAGGAGACAGCUGGACAGCUGUAGCAGCUCUCUCCAAGGCCACCCUGAACUAUGACACAUUCGUUUAUUGUGCUGCCAAAAAAAGAACAGACAGAAGACUGCAUGGCUGGGGAGCUGGGAACAGCCCUUUGCCAAAUAUGUGUUCCCCCAUGUUUGUGUGUGGAUGUGAAUUUGGUGAACCUCUGCCUCAGAGCCACACUUCCACUUAUUCCGUCCUGCGGCCGUUAGAUCCUGAUAAUCUUCUCCAUGAAGCCAGAGAGGAGUGUUCUCUCCUCCGCUCAAAUUAGAGCAGCAUUUGGAAGCUACUUUCAUUAUAAAAGACUCUCACACACUCAUCACAUGCAGCUUAACAUUUGGAGGCAGAGACAGACAAACACCAAAAAAAAAAAAUCAAUGCCAAAUACAGAAUCCACAGGAAUAGCCAACUUUACCCAGCAGGCACUCUGUCAUUGAGACAGUACAGUUCUAAGGACCAGCAUCGAGCCCCCAGGCAGGAAGUUCCAGUCUUCAACCACGAUGUGGAAGUCCAAGUUAAAUACAAUAUAUUUACUCAAACUUCUGUAAUGGAUGAGAAGGGGAUCCUUGAGAGCCGCUAGUACCAGUCUGCUUUUAUCAUAGGGUUUCUUAAAUAGAUAUAAUCAUUAGGGAGGUAUAGAUGUCUUAUCCUUACAAGAGAUUCUAUUUCUUUAGUCACAAAUAAAUAGGAAAUCGACUAUGAACAAGUAAAACUCAUCUCCAUUUCACAGAAGAGUGUGGCAUUGCCUCCGUGAACUGUAUUUGCACGGGAGUGGAAAGACUCUGGCCGAGCCGGUUCUCUGAGAGGUGAGAGCCGAGCUUCCCUCACACCUGUGGUGCCCUGUGCGUUCAAUAGCCUAGUGUGUGCUCUUGGAAGUCUUCCUGUCAGGAUGGUGGGAUGCGAACAUCCAAGCCCUGUUCCUUCUUGGUCACUUGUGACUGUGGGGACUGAACCAUCCACUCAUCAGAAAUGUAAUGCAUACACAGUCAAUGACAUCACAUGACAGCACACUCUCAGAACUGGCCACCCCUGUGACCCAGAGCAUGCCAACGUCCGUAGGUCACAUUUGGCAAUGAGAAGCCAAGUGAACACACCAAUCCUGUGAGAGCAUGAGCUGUGGUAUGACAGGAGAGACCUUGUGCUAAGUCUUUUUUUUUCCCCUUUGUCACUUUCACACUGGGCAUUUGAAAUCACAUAUCAGUUUGUCCCUCUGUAUUUCAUGCCCUUGAGAGGUCUUGAUGUCUGUGGUUUACCAAUCCUUUUACAACUUGGGUAAAUGAACUUAGAAAUUGUGUUUGUUUAGCCGCAGGCUAGUGCACGGUGGUCCCAUGUAUUCUAAACUUGGUAUCUAGUUCAUGCUCCAAUCAGUUUGGAACCACUUCCUAAUGUAACGUCAGAGUUUGUUGUAGCUGAGAAUUACAGAAAACCUGCUUUCUUGAUCCUAGUCAGGAACUCUUACGAAGCACACAUAUAGCCAAGCUUAUAGGUCUUUGGCUGUCAGACUAAAAACAAUGUUUGAUCCUGAUGUAUGGUCUUGUAUCUCAACCUGGUGCUAUGGACUAAAUAAAAUGUCUGGAGUAAGUAACCUGUGA